CCUUUUCUCCUUCUAAAUUUUCGCUUUUGCAAAAUAAAUACUUCUUAUUAUUUUUCGCAAAAACGAAAACCUAGUUGAAUUGAGAAGCGUCCUUUCUGAAUUCUUUCUCUAGCAAACCCCCACCUGUAUAUACCUAUUCCAAUACCCCCUUGUAUUUUGCCUCUAAGACCACUUUCCCUCCUGUCUCACUUUUUCACCUGCCCCUCCAAAGCAGCCCUCCUCACCGCAGAGCUAGCCAAACAACUAGAACGCACCCGCGUGCCCCUCCCCCACUCUAUCUCGCAAAGUCCUAUUUAUAAUACCCUUAUAAGAGCUAUGGCUGUGAAGACGAUGGACGCACUAGUCAGCCGCAACAGCACGGGCAUUUUGCCUGCCAGCCACGGCUAUGCAAAUACGAGUCAGUCGCCAGUUCCGACACUGACCAACUCGACCUCGCGGUCCUCCUCCGCGUCAUCGAGCGUCAACACAUUGUCGCCAGACUCUGGGCUCGCCACAACGCCGCGUGAUCUGCUGCCGCAGUUCAACAGCGCCGGCAAGCGCAAGCACCAAGAGCCGAUAGAGCAAGAAGCAUCCGACGCAGAGCCGCGGCCAAAGCACAAGCGGCGGCGAGCCCAGGGGAAGCGCAAGCUGACGGGCCGCGCAGACUUUGUGCGGCGGCUGGGCCUGUAUUCGAUGUACGAGGAGUACGUGCGUCCAUACACGGGCGACCGGGUGCUGCCGGACAUGGUGACGGCGUACCUGGCGGGUGUGCGGGUGCGUUUGAGCUCCGACGACAGUCUUGCUGAGCGUGCUGGAAAGGUUGGUAUUUUUUGCAUUGUGCUUGCUGCAAUGGGGAGGAGGCCGUUUAUGACCCAAUAUUACUCACCUUUAUCUUUUUUUGUCUCUAGGAUGACCACCACUACCGUCGUCGCCAGCCGUCGGCAGCUGGAUACUGAGGGCUGCAUCUUUUUCUUUCCUAGAUGCAUUUUUGGGAGGUGCUUGUUCUCCCCCCCCCUUCUCAUUAUUGACAAAAAUUUAUUCCCGUUGGUUUUUGUGCCCACGCAUGCGCGCACAAGUCAAGACGGAAAAGAAAGGGCGCCCCCGCUGGUAGGCGCUUUGGUCAACCAAUAUGCAAUAGCCGCCGCGCCCUUUUCCCUAACACCUCCCCCUUCUGUUUGACCCCCUUACACAUACUUCCCACUACUCUGCCCCUCAAAAAAACAUCGCUAGUUCAAAUUUCUUUAUCUUUAUAAACAACCCUGUAACAUCACAAUUGCUCACACCCUAAA